AUGGCCACUGUUCCAACCACCAUGGGCGGCAUUCUCAUUGAGAAGACCGGAAGCUCAGACGUUUUGCAAUGGAAGACAGACAUUCCAGUCCCUAAGUUAGAGAAGGGCCAAAUUCUGGUCAAGAACGAAUGGGUUGGUGUGAACUACAUUGAUACAUACUUCCGUACAGGUCUUUACAAGGCACCACUACCUUUUGUCACUGGAGGCGAGGCAGCUGGUGUCGUUGCCGCUGUCCACGAUUCCGUCUCUGACUUCAAGGUCGGCGACCAUGUGGGGUACCUAAGCCAAACUCGUGGUGCAUACGCUCAGUACAGUGCCGUCUCGGAAGCGAAGGCUAUCAACCUGCCGGAGGGAGUGUCUACAAAGACCGCAGCCGCCUCACUGCUUCAGGGUCUUACGGCUCUGACCCUGAUCCGUGAGGCGCACCACGUGAAGCCCACCGACUGGGUCUUUGUCACCGCGGCCGCUGGAGGUGUAGGCACCAUUCUCUGCGAGAUGCUUUCGUCGGUUGGCGCCAAGGUCAUUGGCACGGCAGGCACGCCCGAGAAGAUGGAGCAGGCAAAGAAGAACGGUGCGAACUUUGUCCUCAGCUCCCGCGAUGCGCCCGAGAAGCUUAUCGCCGAGGUCAAGAAGAUCACUGGUCAUCAUGGCGUGGAUGUCAUCUUCGACGGCAUUGGUAAGGCCACUAUUGACAUGGACUUUGAGAUCGCGGCGCGCAAGGCUACCAUCUGCAGUUAUGGCAACGCCAGCGGAGCUGUUCCACCUGUCGACAUCAUGAAGCUUGCCGGUACCAAAAACCUGAAACUCAUGCGACCUACCUUGUUUGCAUACCUUAGCGACCCUGACGACUUCCGCAGGUAUGCUGGUGAGCUAGUGGCCAUGUUGAAGAACGGGGUCGUCAAGCUGGAAAACACUUCGGAUUACAAGCUGGAGGAUGCCAAGUCAGCUCAUGAUGAUCUCGAGAGCAGGAAGACAUCUGGAAAGUUGUUGUUGCAGGUCCCGCAGUAA